AUGGCAGUAUCGGAGCUUCCAGGGACCAUAGAUUUCCUCACGGAUGCAGCGCAUCUUCUGCGCACCACCGCCCCAGAAACUUCUGCUCAUCUUAUGAGCCGUCGCGGACAGCUUCUUCAGCAAUAUGGGAUAGCAAUUUCCGACAUUCAACAGCAACACACAUGCGGAGGCUGUGGGCUCAUCAUGAUCCCGGGCCAAGAAGCCACAUUGAGAAUCGAUGCACGAAGAAGUGUUCGAAAAAGGACCAAGGGCGCAAAAGCAGAAGCAGGUGUCGGUUCAACCCCUUACCACACACCAGCAACUGAAGGGCCCUGCAAGACUUUUCACUGCGACAACUGUCAACGAGAUACGAAGAUUCCUCUUCCGGCCCCAGGACCUGCUGUAAGACGGAAGAAGGUAGCGCAGUCCAAGGCAAAGAAGGUUUCUUCUGCACCUGUUGAGCAGCCCAAACAAACGACGAAUGCCAGCAGCAAGAAACGGGCCAAAAGUCGAAAAGUUGGUCUCCAAGCCUUGCUUUCAGGGCAGAAGCAACAAACAACGAAUCCGCUCAGUCUCUCACAUUUCAUGAAGUGA